AUGCAUUCUCUAUCCCCGGUAGCAAUUGCACUUUUCGCGAUCCUCAAGGCCGCCGCCGCCCAGGACAAUAUCGGAUUCGGACCUGCCUUCUCCCUUGGACCGACCAACUCGUGGAUCCGCGAGGCAAACACCACCCUCGUCCUGCCCGAGACGCCCGGUCUCAAGGACCGUCUUGCCCUAUGGCCUGGUAUGGGAACCAGCGGCGGCGAUCUCAUUCAGGUGCUGGCUGUGUCAUUUGCGGACCCUAAUGCGAACUGCGGUGCCAGUGAGGGACAGUGGUGUACUUGGGCUAGUACCUUGCAGGGCACGCAACUCGGGGGCGACCAGGUUCCUGCGAACGCUGGUGAUGAGCUUACCGUGAGCUAUGUCUACAACGAGAGUACCGACGAGUAUGACCAGUCUGUCUCGAUCAACGGCGAGGUCGUGUCUACCCUGUCAACAAGCUCCGGCCAGGCUGAAGGCUGGGGCACUGCGGUGGAGUGUCAAGACGACGCCUGCCAGAUCACCGUCGCUGCGCACAAAUACACGUCGACCACGAUCCUCCUCGACUCCGAGGACAGCUCCUUCAUUGACACACUUGUUCUCAAUGAGGCGACGUCCAGCGGUCUGACGACGUCGGACAAUGGCAAGACCUGGACGGUGGAUACCAUCAACAUCAACGAGCACACCUUUGAUCUGUAA